UUGAAAAUGUCGUCUGUCAAACGACUUGUAUACUCUGUCAUCAAUUUCUUGCGAGAACAGAGUCAGAUGGAAACGUUCACUUCAGAUGAACAAGAAAGCCUGGAAGUGGCAAUUCAGUGUUUGGAAACGGUUUUUAAAAUCAGUCUGGAGGAUUCUCAUCUUGCUGUACCUGUACGCUUGACAGAAAUGUUUGCAGACUCCUGUCAUAAGAAUGAGAUACUGCCUCUCUCAGAUUCUUUGCCAGAGGAUAUUGAGAAAGCUGACCAACUAAAGGAUGAAGGUAAUAAUCACAUGAAGGAAGAAAAUUAUGGGGCUGCAGUGGAUUGUUACAAUCAGGCUAUAGAACUGGAUCCCAAUAAUGCUGUCUAUUACUGCAACAGAGCUGCUGCUCAGAGCAAACUGAACAACUAUAAUGAAGCAAUAAAAGACUGUGAAAGAGCAAUAGCAAUAGAUCCAAAAUACAGCAAAGCAUACGGAAGAAUGGGAUUGGCUCUGACUUCAAUUAACAAAUACCAAGAAGCAAUCAACAGUUACCGAAAAGCUCUGGACCUUGAUCCAGAAAAUGACUCUUAUAAAUCGAAUCUGAAAGUAGCUGAGCAAAAAUUAAGAGAUGUGGCCAGUCCAACUGGAACUGGAUUGAGUUUUGAUAUGGCAAGCUUGAUAAACAACCCUGCCUUCAUUAGUAUGGCAGCAAGUUUAAUGCAGAAUCCACAAGUUCAACAAUUGAUGUCUGGUAUGAUGACAAAUGCUAUCGGGGGUCCUGCUGCAGGUGUUGGUGGCCUCACAGAUCUGUCAAGCCUCAUACAUGCGGGGCAGCAGUUCGCACAGCAGAUACAGCAGCAAAACCCAGAGCUUAUAGAGCAGUUGCGAAACCACAUCCGAAGCAGAUCUUUCAGCAGCAGCACGGAAGAACACUCCUGAUUUAAGAGGCAUGUGCUAGAAUGCUGUUCUACUAACUCCAAAAGGCAUACUGUAGCUUGUAGCAAAUAUCACCAUUGUAAUUCUUCUCAGAUGGGAAACCUUUUGUGUGUAUUCCUUAUUGUCUGUUGAAAACAGAUUCAUUGCACACAGGUCUGAACAUAUCAUGUACGUAUAUCGAUGCCUUUGUAAAUGGAAUAUAAGUAGAACUGGUGACUUAUUAAAAUCUCAAUGUACAAGAGAGCAUUUUCAUAGCAAGUGGAUGAGGG